AUGCCGCUGCUUGACUUGGUUAAAAACUUGUUCGCUGGCCAUGGCUAUGAUUCGUGGUGGCUUCUGCUCUUGGUUGCUGCCAUCCUCGUCAACGGAAGCUGGCUUGGAGCUGAGAAACAAGACCCAAGGGAACCUCAAGUACUGAAGCCCAAAAUACCACUUGUUGGCCACAUUUUCGGCCUUUUGGGCUCAAGACAACACUACUAUCGUCGACUUGGGUAUAAUCCGAACCUGCCAAUAUUCUCCAUAUCAAUGGGUGGCUCCCAAAAGAUAUACAUAAUCAAAGCGCCCCAGCUUAUCCAGGUUGCCAUGAAGAACAAGGCUCUGAGCUUAUACCCCGUCAUGGCAGAGUUCGCACAGAAGAUGGUCGGCUUGGGACCCAACGUUAUUGAUUUAUUCCAUACCUCGCCUGUGGACGGUUCCACCGCAUGGAUUGAUGACCAGCACCGGUCUUUCGCAUCGCUGGCUCCCGGGCCCGACCUGCAGGAGAUGAACACUUACGCCUUGAACAGAAUCUCCAAAACCAUAAAUGCUAUUGGCAAUGAUUUUGAAACCAGAAACCUGUAUUUGUGGCUGAGGGAUUCGUUCACGAUGGCCACUGUGGGUUCCCUUUUCGGGGACAAGAGUUCUCUCAUGGCCGAUCCAACGUUGAGUCAAAAUCUUUGGGGCUACGAUGGUGGUCAGGCUCAACUUCUAAUGAAGCCUUUCCCCUUCCUGACCGCAAGGAAAGCCUACAACGGCCGUGCCAAAGUCCAGCAAGCGCUUAGGAAGUACUUCCAUCAAGACUUUGACAAUAUGACUGAUGUCAGCGCCGUCAUCAAACGUCGUGUGGCCGUCAACCGCAAAUGGGGGCUACCCAUCGACGACAUCGCCGACCAUGAGUUUGGGAUGCUCUUCGUCAGCGUUACAAACGCCAUCCCAACACUCUUCUGGAUGAUGUGUUACGUUUUCCGCGACACAGAGCUCGUCGCAGACCUUGGAAAGGAGCUCCUUGCCAUUGCUGUUAUUCAGGAGGAAGGCAUCGCUGCCACCGACAACCAUUCGACUGACUUCAAACGCCCUCGAACUAAAACGUGCACCUUCACAGUUGCCAACUUCCAAACAAGGUGUCCGCUGUUAGUGUCGACCUAUAAGGAGGUCAUGCGCUUGACCAACCGCUCGACAGGCACGCGCAGGGUCGUCGAGGACACGGUAAUCAGCUACAGACCAUCCUCAGCAUCGGGAGAGGUUCGAGACGAGCAAACGUAUCUGCUCAGAAAGGGCGCAAACAUCCAGAUCCCUGCAAUCAUCACAAACUUUGACCCCGAAGUAUGGGGCGCAAACGCGCAUGAUUUUGACCCGAGGCGCUUCAUGACAACUGAUAGAGAAAGGGAGCGGGCACAGAACCGUGCCUUUAACCCCUUCGGAGGCGGAAAGCACCUAUGUCCCGGCCGCUUCUUCGCCGAUGCCGAGAUCUUGGGGACGCUAGCUGCCCUGGUGCUCGGGUUUGACAUUGAGGCCCCGGAGGGUGGCAGCCUAGAGGUGCCGCCGAUUAAUAACAACCUGGCCGAGGCGGUUGGUAAGCCGCUGACAAGCGCGCAGAAGACUACCUUGGUAAGAAUCCGGCGAAAGCCAGGGUGGGAAGAUGUUAACUGGGCAUAUACUGUAUCAAAAGAAAAUGAAUAA